GUUCGGCGUACGGGCGCAAGAAGAGCCAGCGCAGUUAUCUUCAACUGGCCAGCCCCGUCCGCGUCCAUUAUCAUUCAGUUGCAUUCCUUACGGUCGCCGUGGCCGUCCGGGCACAAAGCAUCAAAGAAAUUGCUGCGGCGCGGCCGCCGUUCCUUGACCGAGCGAGCAGUGAUUGAAAGAGGAGCACCAAUAAACGCCGUUGGCGGCGUGUAGAUAGGUACUCCCCGGCACCACACCGCACAGCGGAGUAUCGUAAGAUCUCCGAUGACGUCGUCCACCACGUUGCCGCAGCCGUCGUCGUGUAUCCCAUGAUCCCCUUGACGGAAGCUGCCCAUUAGCCGGGCAAUGAUGAUGCCAACGGACACCCAGGUCACCAGCGUAGCGGUACCGAGCAGAGGCCGGCACUGAGGAUAGCUUUCUGGACUAGCGGCUGCGUCGCGGCGCCUCUUCGCCUUUACACGGCCGACGGUGUCCCUCCGGCGCGAUUUUCCUAGGUCGAGCUAAUCGCUAUUGGUUUCUUCCGAGUGAUCCAGCCCGAAGUUCGCCUUUAAUACCAGAAACUCGGACGGAAGCUUCGACGUUCGCCUUUAACACGAGAAACUCGGAGGCUUCGGCCUACAAUCAAGUUAGCUCCUUCAGAGGAUCGCUUCGGGAGGUCGAAUCUCGAGUUCGAUCAGCUCCCGUGAUCCGUCAGGACGUUUUUGGUUCCUCGGAUCGUCACCUGGACUGGCCGGGAGUCCAAUCGAGGAGCAGAAUCGCCGAUGCAGCCUGCGCUGGCCGAUUAACGCGUACGUGCCGCUGAUGCCGAUAGAGGAAAGGAAGAAGCUUCGAUCGGCGAUCUAAGGGAAACUGAUCGUUUCGUCGACGGAUUGCGGAUAAUCGGUGAACAUCGUGUCUGGUGUGGUUGCUCGGGGAGAGGUGCGGUGGGAGGGGUUUCUCGUUGAUCGUGGUGAAGUGAAUCUAGGUGAACAAGUGACGGGGACAUUCGUCGAUCGUCGUGGAUGUGGGAGAGGCUCGUGGGAGAUUCUCGCGUGCGAUUCUUGACGUUUGAUCGAACGAGGGAAAGUGUGAUGUUGUGAUCGCCGGUGUCGAUGUCUUUGCCACACGGACACCUGGAUCGGGCAACUGAUGCGAUCGAGCGGCCAGUCCUUUUUCGCACGCGGUCACAUCGAAAGCGAUGACUAGCGAUUACGCCAGAUAUCGGCGUUGUUUCACUUCACACGUUUGCAACGACUAUUCCGCGAGGGACGGGAGAGACGGUCGCGCGACCCAAAUGGACGGACUCGGUGUACCGAUGCACCGUGGAAGAGCGAGCAAUGGAUAUGAGAAAAGCAGAGGCUAAGUAGCAGGCUGCAGGUACAGGAACAGAGAAGGCGUAGCGGCAAGGAGGGGCGACCGGCAGAUAGCCAAGCAUAGAGGAAGAGAGCAGAGAAGAAGAAGAAGAGGCGAAUCCGGUGAAAGUCGUGGAAAACGAAAGAUCCAUCCGUGGAAAAGCGAAACAGAGACGAAUCUGACAGAUCGCGCGGACGAAGGUUGAGAAAAAGAUGAAGGAGAUCGGUUUAUGGACGCUGAUUUGGACGCUGUGUCUCGUAACGGGCCUGAGCAUUGCGCAAACGUUGCAGCUCUGCCCUUCGCACCAUGAGAUCACGCCCUGUUCCUGCACCCUGAAGAAAUCUGGCUUGGACAUCGUAUGCGAGUUCACGGACCUGUCGCACAUCACGAACGCCAUGAAGGCGUUGAAGGGCAGAUCGAACACGGUCAUCUUCUACCUGCGCCUCAGGCAUAACAACCUGCCGAAACUGCAGCGGUACGUGUUCCUCGGCCUCGACAUCCACCAUCUGACCAUCCACAACAGCAGCCUCGCGGUCCUCGAAGAGUCCUCGUUGAGUUCCAUCGGAAGUGGCUUGACGCAGCUGGACCUAUCGCAAAAUGCUUUGCUCACGGUGCCGACGACGGCGUUACAAGGUCUUCAGCAUCUGCUUAUUUUGAAUCUGAACCGGAAUAGGAUCAGCGUGAUCCACGGGAAAGCCUUCGAAGGUCUCGAUACUCUUGAAAUCCUUUCCCUGUACGAAAACAAGAUUGCCACCAUAGAGUCGGACGCUUUUAAAGGACUGCACAACAGAAAAUUAAGGAGACUAAAUCUGGGCGGAAAUGAGUUGACCAAAGUGCCAACGCAAGCAUUGCUCCCUCUGGACAUGCUGAAGAAAUUGGACAUGCCGGAGAACCGGAUUACCGCCAUCGAGGAAGGCGAUUUCGAAGGACUGAAGAGCCUGGAUUCGUUAGGAUUGGCUCACAAUCAGCUGCGCGAAGUCCCGGCUCGUGUGUUCUCCCACUUGACGCAAUUAAACUCUUUGGAGCUGGAUGGAAACCGCAUUACCCACGUGGAUCCGGAUGCGUUCAUCGGUCUCGAGGAAAAUUUACAAUAUUUACGGCUGGGAGAUAAUAACUUACAUUCGGUGCCGAGCGACGCACUGCGCCGUUUACACCGAUUAAGGCACCUCGAUUUAAGAUCCAACAACAUCACCGCCCUUCCGGAGGACGCUUUCACCGGAUACGGAGAUUCCAUUACAUUUCUGAACCUCCAGAAGAACCUGAUCAAAGUGCUGCCGCCAUUGGUCUUCGAAAAUUUGAACUCCUUGGAAACGUUGAAUCUCCAGAACAACAAGCUGACACAGAUAUCGGAAGAAGUCACCGAGAAUAUCGUCGAUACCCUACGAAUUAUCGAUAUCACAGACAACCCUCUGGUCUGCGACUGCGAGCUACGAUGGUACGCCGCCUGGUUGGGCAACCUGCGCAACAGCGCCGACGACCGGAUGUCAACGAAACGCACCGUCUGUACAAUGAUGAACGAACACCGGGAGUACGCCCUGGAAAAUAUACCGUUGGAAAGGAUGGGGUGCGUCAGGAAGAAUGCCGGCCGAACGUCGUCGUCCGCCGGCAACUACCGCAUCUAUGUCGACACGAUGAUCCAGUUGUUGGCGGUAAUCGUCGCGGUGGUCUAAUCGGGAGUCACGCGACCAGCGGCAAUCAUGUCGGUUACCGAAUCCCCAUUCCCCCUCGGUUAGGAACACGAGAACGCUACCGGCGAUGUUUUUAUUUUCCUUUCUUCUUCCCGUUCGUCCCUUCAUUGUGAAAUUCACGUGGAACUAACACUGGAACUACCAGGCGGUUCGAAAUCACUUCUGAUUUCUUUUUAUAAUUAUUCAGGUAACACGAGUCUCUGAAAAUGUUAGAGACAUUGACUUAACUGCACUCGGAAGGCACUCUUAAUCCAUUUGAUUUGACAAACUAUAGAAUCUGAUGUUUAACGCUUUGGCUGCCAUGUCGCCCGAAUUCGGGUGACACCAUGAUUCACGUAAACUUAAACAUUACUUUUCUCGGUGAUGAAACGAGCAAACCGAAUUCUGUUAGAUGCGAGAUACUAGAAAGAUAGUAGAGCAAUCGUUGUGAAGAAUGUUGACUUCUUAGUUUCAGCGUUAUUAAGAAAAUUGCUUUGAUUGCGUGGGAGUUUCGAUGAGUGUAUACUUGGCAAUCAAAGUGUUAAUGUUGAACUUUGUAUAAUGAUACAAAAUAUUGGAAUAAAAUUCUUCGAUUGUCCGUGAUUCAGUCCUAUGUCAGACUUAACAUUCUAUUUUAUUGCAACUUUUACCUUCUAACAAUUUUUUCUAUAUUGUAGUAUCGCAAUUGUACCAUUUAACCCUUUGCGCUCGAAUGCCGCCAUAAUGGCGACUCCGAGCUUUGCUAUCUAAAUUCGAAAGCUGCAAAUGAAUAAUUUAAUUGUUCGAAUAACGAGAGAUAGAUACGUAGUUUUUUUCUCUAGUGUUUAAGACUUUGAUACGUAACUCAAUAUUUUCGUGGACAAGUUCUCGUAAGUUUCAAAAAGUCCCGACCGCAAAGGGUUAAAGGUAACAUUUCAAUGACUCCUAAAUAUUCUUGAAUAAAUGAAUAGAGCGUCAUGUUAAGCUGCAAUUGAAUGAACUAAUGUUCAUCAAUGAACUAAAGUAUCUCCAAUGAAAAUGAAAAAUGCCAUAAUAUUCCUUUGAUUUUUUAUUUUACCUCUCAAUAGAAAAUUUGGAUGUGUAGAAAAUAAUUUUAGGGUAGUUUCUUUGAUCCUUAAAACAUUCGAUAUUAUAACUGGUGCAAUAUUGGAGUCUACAGAGUUCAAAGGGUUAAAUAUCUUUAGCGAGAAGCUUCCGAGUGCGAAGGGUGAACAAUAUACAAGCUGAAUUGUGAAUCGAUAGAAACCUCGAUAGAUGACACACUUGGAGUUUCUAUAGAAGAAUUUCUAGAAGUUGAUUUGACUCGACUGUUAAUGGUAGUUCUAGUGUUAAUUGUCCCAGCGCAGCCGAGGAAUCGUGUCGCGGUCGCGGAGACGCGACACGGUUCCGUUGGCAGAGGACGGUUCCUCGUGGCAUUGUCUCGGCGGUCAUCGAAGUUGUCGAAAUUCAGCAGCUACCGAUGCACGCUGCGUAUCGACAGAUACACCAAAAAUGUGCUACCACUUAUCGCGCGAUCGAGAUUGAAACAUUGGAGUAGGUUAGUUAAGUCGAUGCAUUCGUGCAUCAACCCGUUGCACUCGACAGUAUUUUUCAUUGCAAACAUUCAUUCAUUUCUAGCAGGAUAUUAAGAAUAUUAUUCGUAACGUAAAGAAACGUCGUGCAUAAAUUAUUAUUGUUAUUAUCAUUUUUAUUAUUUUAUUGUUUUAUUUGUUUUGUUUCAUGUGAUACGUUAUUCAACAUUUUGUUUUCAAUCUUUUAUUUUAUAAUUUUGGUCCUCGAGUGCAAAAGGUUGUUGAUACAUAUUUACCGAUUCGAGUAAAGACGAAUCGAUCGGUAUACGUACGAGUUAACCCCUUGUCCUAGGAGUGAGACUUGUAAAAAUUUUCAACAUGAUUCAACAAAUAUAUAUAUAUAUUAGAACAUAUAAUUUUACAACAAAUUAUAUAUAUAUAUAUUAUAUUAUAUAUACUAUAUUA